AUGUACAGCCUGCGAGAAAGAAAGGGCCUCGAGUACCAGGAGGUCGGUGAGCCCCAGAAUGAUGACUACCUUUAUUGUGAGAAGUGCCAGAACUUUUUCAUCGACACCUGUGCAGUUCAUAGGGCCCCAAUGUUUGUAAAGGACAGCCCUGUAGACAGGGGGCACCCCAAUCACUCAGCCCUCACUCUGCCCCCUGGACUGAGAAUUGGGCCAUCCAGCAUCCCUGAGGCUGGGCUCAGAGUAUGGUAUGAGGUGUCCGAGCAGCUACUGGGUCUGCACUUUGGCCCCUAUAAGGGCCAGGUGACAGAAGACGAGGCAGCCAACAGUGGCUACUCCUGGCUGAUCACCAAGAGGAGGAACUGCUAUAAGUAUGUGGAUGGAAAGGACGAGCCUUGGGCCAACCAGAUGAGUCCUAUCAACCUCGGGUAUGUGAACUGCACCCGGGACAAGGAGGAGCAGAACCUAGUGGCCUUUCAGUACCACAGGCAGAUCUUCUACUGGACUUGCCGCACCAUCCAGCCUGGCUGUGAGCUGCUGGUCUCGUAUGGGGACAACUAUGGCCAGGAGCUGGGCAUCAAGUGGGGCAGCAGUUUUCUUCCACGAGAACCAAAGCCAGAGAUCCAUCCAUGUCCCUCCUGCACUCUGGCCAUCUCCAGUCAGAAAUUCCUCGGCCAACACACGAAGCACAGCCACCCCUCUCCACCCUUCCCAGGAACACCUGAAAGAAAACACCUCCAACCAGAGGACCCCCGUCCAGGGGGUCGGAGGCAACAGCAUUCUGACCAACACACCUGAAUGACAAAGCAGAAGACCCAGAGACUGGAGAUGGGUCCAAACCAGUGUUCGAAAGGGCAAGGCUGGGGGCGGGGGGGCAGGGGGAGGGUUGUUUCAAAGGUCUGCUCCAGCCUACUCAAAGGACAAAUGGGGAGCUCUAGGGAGGGUAACAGAAUGAUGGAGACAGCCCGCCCAGGCCAGAAAGUGAAUCCUGAGGACACAGAAAAAUUAUUCCUGGGGGUAGGAAUCUCAAGAAUUGCAAAAGUCAGGUGUGGAGAGUAUGGACAAGGCUUUAGCCAGAAGUCAGUCCUCAUCAGACACCAGAGGACAUACUCAGGAGAGGAGCCCUAUGUCUGCGGGGAGUGUGGAGGCUUUAGCUGGAAGUCACAGCUUACCAGGCACCAGAGGUCACACUCCGGGGAGAAGCCCUAUGUCUGCAGGGAGUGUGGGCGAGGCUUUAGUGUAAAGGCAACCCUCAUUGGCACGGGAGAAGGAAACGCAGCCCACAUACACCUCCACCUCCCUAGCUCUGAGGACUUCAGAACAAGACUGCUGAACCCUUACACUCCCCAAGAGGUCAAGAGAGCAGAAAUAACUCAGUUAAUAGAUUCUCUGCUUUCAUGUAAACGGAUGAGGUAGAAAAGCCCAGAGGGUCCCUGAAGUGGUCAGGGUGUUUUUGGUUUUCUUUCCCACAUCCCAGCCCCCCAUGCCUGUGAAUGAGACCUUAUUUGGAAAAAGGGUCUUUGCAGAUGUAAUUAAAGGGUCUGAAGACGAGAUCAUCCCGGAUUAACCAGAUGAGCCCUGAAGCCAAUGACCAGUGUUCGCAUAAACAGAGACGCGCGGAGGCGAGACACAGAAGAACCGAGAAAUCUACGUGAACACGGAGGCUAAGAACAGAGUAACGGAGUAAUGCAGCCAUAAGCCUGGGGCCACCAGAAGCUGCGAGAGACAAGGAAGGGCCCCUCCCCCCAGGCCCUUCAGAGGGAGCCCGGCCCUGUCCACACCUUGAUAACAGAUUUCUGCUCACCAAAACCUCGAGAGAAUAAAUUCUUGUUGUUUCAAGCCGCCCAGAGUGUGGUAAUUUGUAACGACAGCCGCUAGAAAUUAAUACGCCUGCGUUGGGAACUGGAUGGAGCACGGGUGGCACAGUGGUUAAGUGCUCAGCUACUAACCAAGAGAUUGUCAGUGCAAACCCCCUGGUGUCUCCACAGGAGAAAGAUAUUGCAGUCUGCUUCCGUAAAGAUUUACAGCCUUGGAAACUCUAUGGGGCAGUUCUACUCUGUACUAUAGGGUCACUAUGAGUUAACAUCAACUCCAUAGCAACAGGUUUGGUUUUUGGU